UUUCAUAAUCUGAUUUCAUCAAUAGCCAUGGAGAUUCACUCUUCUGCUUCAGUGCUCAAAAUACUCCUCUUCCUAUGCAUUUCUUCUUCCACCAUUUUGCUACAAGCUCAAGCUGAGACUAUCAAAUACUGCGAGAAGAGUGCAAACUAUGUUGUGAAGGUGAGUGAUGUGAAGAUAUUACCAGAUCCUGUGGUCAGAGGAGAGCCUUUCACCUUCAAGAUCUCUGCUUAUACACCUGAAACAAUUCCAAGUGGGGACUUAGUGUAUGAAAUUACAUAUGCUGGAGCAGAAGGAGCACCUGCUACAUUUCACCAUGAUCUAUGUGAGGAAGCACCUUGUCCUCUUCCUGCUGGCGAUUUCACCCUCAUUCACACUGAAUUGUUGCCUUCCUAUACUCCACUGGGAACCUAUAAUGUGAAGCUGACAUUCAACGACCAUAAAGACAACCAAUUAACCUGCAUUAAAUUUCCCUUCAAAAUCGGUUCUGAAUCAUCAGUGUCUUCAAUCUAGUUUUCCAAACUCAAAAUCUGAUCUUAUUAGAACUAUUUCAUCUUCGUUGUUAAGUGUUUGAUGUGAAUUAGAAUAGUAAUCAAUGAAAUGUUUUAUGAGACGUAAA